AUGAAAGCAAAUGCAAUUGUUGAUGAAGUUUUCUCGGUUAUCCGUAUAGUGACUGCUUUUGGAGGUCAACACCAUGAACGUAUUAGAUACGAACAAAGUUUGGCAGAUGCAAAGAAAGCCGGCUUAAGAAAAGGUCUUUAUCUGGGUAUUAGCCAAGCAUUUGUUAACAUUUCAUUGUAUGGUGCAGUUGCUCUUAUAUUUUGGUAUGGGCCAUAUUUGGCACGUAUAGAAUGUUGGAAUUAUGAUGCCGGCGUUGUGAUGAUUAUUUUUACCUCAUGUCUUUUUGCAACAAAUAGUAUAUCCAUGUUCAUUCCAUAUAUAGUUGCUUUUAUUGACGCUGCUGUCGCAGGAGCAAAAGUAUUUGCUGUUAUUGAUCGGAAAUCACCAAUUGAUUAUACCAACCAUACGAACAAUCAACCACAUGUAGUUCGAGGUGAUAUUGAACUUCGUAAUGUUACAUUUAAUUAUCCAGCAAGAAAAGAAAAGAAACCGAUUCUGAAUAAUUUGAGUGUUCGUUUUCCUGCAGGCAAGACAACGGCAAUUGUUGGUGAAACUGGUUGUGGCAAAAGUACAAUUAUUCAUCUAAUACAACGUUUUUAUGAUCCAAAUGGAGGACAAGUUCUACUCGAUAAAAAUGAUAUUCGCCAUUUAAAUCUAUCUUGGCUUCGAUCAAAUAUGGCUGUGGUUUCUCAAGAGCCCAUUCUUUUCAAUGAUACGGUUGCUGAAAAUAUUCGCUUUGGUCAUGCGACAGCGACUAUCGAAGAAAUCAAAGAAGCUGCACGAAUAGCAAAUAUUCACGAUUUCAUCAGCAAUGACUUACCGGAUGGUUAUAAUACAUCAAUUCAAGGAUCGCGUUUGUCAGGAGGACAGAAACAAAGAAUCGCUAUUGCACGAGCAGUUUUAUCCAAUCCAAAGAUUCUACUUUUAGAUGAAGCAACAUCUGCAUUAGAUGCAAAGAGUGAAAAGGAAGUACAAAUUGGUCUUGAACGAGCUUAUCAAGGUCGAACAACAAUAGUUGUUGCUCAUCGAUUAUCAACAAUUCGACAUGCAAACCAUAUUAUCGGUCUCAAAGCAGGUCAAAUCGAGGAACAAGGUACUCAUAAAGACUUAAUGGAACUUAAUGGAUCGUAUGCACAAGCAGUUAAACUUCAAAGAUUGGAGAAUUCACAUGAUGAUAAUGAUGAAGACGAAAAUGAAGAUUAUGAAAAAGAAAAUAAUCAGGCUUUUGGUAAACGUCGACGACGAGAUUCACGAUGCUCGACUCAUUCUAAAACAUCUUCCACCACAGAUGAUGAUGAAACAAAACAAAUAACAGCAGCUCCAAAGAGUACCAGUCGAAAACCAUUUUUCUUACGAAUACUUGCUCUCAAUUCUCCCGAAUGGCUUUCAAUAUUAUUGGGAAGUAUAACAUCAUUGAUUUAUGGAGCUGUUACCCCAGCAUAUGCUUUAAUCUUUUCCCUUGUAUUUGGAUUAUUUAAUCAAGAUGUCGAAACAGCAGAACGUAAUGCACGAAAUUAUUCAAUUCUUGUAUUUUGUGUUGGUUUAGCUGGUGGCCUUUGUCAGUUUAUUUCAUCAUAUGCAUUUGCACGAUCAGGAGAAGCAUUAACUCUACGAAUGCGUGUUAUCUCUUUUGUUACAAUGCUACGUCAAGAAAUGUCCUGGUAUGACCUUGAAGAGAAUCAACAUAAUAUUCUUGUUGCACGUCUUUCAAAAGAUGCAGCUUCAUUAAAAGGAAUGACUGGUGUAACUAUUGGAGCUUUUCUAAACGCUGUUGGUACUUUAGUUGCUGGUUUAGUUAUAAGUUUUAAUGCUGGAUGGAAAUUAACACUUGUUCUGCUUUGUUUUACUCCAUUGAUUGUUCUAACUGGUUAUAUGCUUGGUCAAAGAGUAUCAAAAGCUGGUCAAGCGAAAGGUUUUUCUUCUCAUGCUGAACAUGGUAGUACGUAUGCUACUGAAUCACUCAAGCAUAUUCGUACUGUUACUUCUCUUGGCCUUCAAAAUCAUUUUAUCCGACUGUAUAAAAACGCCUACAAUAAAGAAUUUCGAUCAUCUUUAUGGCAAAGUCAAAAAAUUGUAAUUGGUAAUGCAAUUGCAAAUACAAUAAUGUUUUUUAUUCAAUUAACUGCCUUUGGCUAUGGCGCUCAUUUAGUAAUCAAUCGAGAAAUGACUUACGUUGGUGUAUUUCAAAUUUUUGCUGUGGUUACAUAUGCCACAGUAGCAUUUGGUCGAAGUGUAAGUAUGGUACCAAAUUAUAGUCGAGCAAAAGAAGCAUCAAUUAAAAUUAUGGACUUACAUGCUCGUCAAUCACUUAUUGAUCCAUAUAAAGAAAAUGAAGGAAAAGUUUUACACGAAGUACGUGGUGUGAUCGAAUUUCGCGAUGUUUCUUUCAAAUAUCCAUCACGCAAGGAAUCACGCGUACUAAGACAUUUGUCUUUCAAAUGUAAAAGAGGCAAAACAACAGCAGUUAUCGGUCCAAGUGGGUCAGGUAAAUCAACGUGUAUUGCUUUAUUGGAGCGUUUUUACGAUCCACAACAAGGUGAAGUGUUACUAGAUGGACAUGAUUUACGCACACUUAACAUUCAAUGGCUUCGUUCAAUAAUUGGUCUUGUACCACAAGAACCUGCUCUUUUUAAUAUUUCAAUUCGUGAUAAUAUUGCUUAUGGAGAUACAACACGAAAGUUUACAGAUGCUGAAAUUUAUGAAGUUGCUCGACAAGCUGAUAUUCAUGAUUUCGUUAUUAAAUUAGCACAGGGAUAUGAUACAUUGUGUGGAUCCAGUGAUCAACUUAAGUUAGCUGGUGGUCAAAAACAGCGAAUUGCUAUUGCACGAUUAUUAAUUCGUAAUCCGAAAAUAGUUCUUUUUGAUGAAGGAGCUUCCGCACUUAAUGCCGCAGUUGAAGAGAAAAUUCUGCAUACAUUUAAUCAAACACGAGCAAAUCGAACUUGUAUCAUGAUAGCACAUCGUUUAUCGACUAUCAGAAAUAGUGAGAAAAUAGUGGUCUUAGUUCGUGGACGAAAGGAGGAAGAAGGAACUGAUGAACAAUUGACCGCUAAUCCGCAUGGAACGUAUUCACAGCUCCUUGAGGCAGCCGGCCUUGAGAUAACGACAGGAAAGAACACAAGUAACACUGAAUAUGUUUACUUUUGA